CGUGCCAGCUCGAGAUCCAUCGCCAAGCCUUGACUGGCAACAACUUGUACCUCUACUCUCUCUCUCUCUCUCUUCUUCCAACACCACACACUGGGCCACGCAGGCCACAGUCUCCCCCCUCUCACCACAAUACCCCCCCUCCCCAUGCUCGCAUCAUCCUCGUCGCCGUGGACGCGUCGCUCCGCCGUCCAGGCGCUAGUCGACCAGGCAUGCGAUCCGACGCUCAUGUCGUCCAACGACGUCGUGAAUCUCGAGCUCGCCGAGGCCGUUAACAAGAAGAAGGCCAACUCUGCGCGGGAAGCAACGCAGGCCCUUCUAGUGUACAUCAACUCGCGCAACCCGAAUCAGUCGCUCAUCGCCCUCAACGUGCUCGAUCACCUCGUCAAGAACUGUGGAUACCCGAUCCAUCUGCAGAUCAGCACCAAAGAGUUCCUGAAUGAGCUCGUGCGCCGCUUCCCCGAGCGCCCGCCCAUGGUCGUGGGGCGCGUCAUGGCGCGCAUCCUCGAGCUCAUUCACGAAUGGAAGAACACGAUCUGUGUGGCGUCAAAAUACAAGGACGACCUGGUGCACAUCCGUGACAUGCACCGGCUGCUCAGCUACAAGGGGUACCGGUUCAAACCAUUUGACGCGGCGCGGGCGCUGGCGACGCGGAACCCGAACGAGGACCUCAAGAGUCCCGAGGAGCUCGAGGAGGAGGACCGCAAUGCGAAGCAGGCCAAGCUGCAGGAGCUGAUCCGACGAGCGACGCCGCGCGACCUCGCCGCGGCGCAGGAGCUCAUGAAGCAGCUGGCCGGCGCCGAGCCCGACAAGGCGGUCGACUACGAGAAGCAGACGGUGUCCGAGCUCGAGAAGGUGCAGAGCAAGGCGAUCCUGCUCAACGACAUGCUGGACAAUGCGAAGGAGGGCGAAAAGGUCGGCAUCGAAGGCGACGUGUACGACCAAGUGGCGUCGGCGUGCCGCGGCGCGCGGCCACGGAUCCAAAAGUGGAUCGAGAACGACACGGGCGAGCACGAGGGUCUGAUGGACCGUCUGCUCAUGUGCAACGACCUUAUCAAUGCCGCGCUCGACCGCUUCGAGGCGGCCAAGCGCGGCGAUUGGGCCGCGGCACAGACUAUCGCGCAGCAGUCCAACCCGGCCAACAAGGCCAACGACCUCAUCUCGUUCGACGGCUUCGCCGACGACGCCGACACUGGUGGCGUGUCGCUCCCAUCUGGCGGCGAGGCCGCGCCGUCGUCGAGCAACCCCGGUUUCACGGCCGGCGGGUUGCCGCUGGACCUCUUCGCCCCAUCCCCAUCGCAGUCGCCUGCGCCUGCCGCCGGCCCGUCGCAGCCGCACCGAACAAAUCCCAUGGACCUGUUCAACAUGUCGGCGCCGUCGCCGCCGCAGUACCAGCAGCAGCAGUUUGGCGGUAUGGGUAUGGGCGCGGGCAUGGGUGGCAUGGGCGGGCUCCAGCAGCAGCCGCAGCAGUGGGGCCAGCAGUCGGGUACCGGGUACGGAGGGCAGCAGUGGGGCCAGUCUCAGCCCCAGCAGCAGCAGCAGCAGUGGGCGCAGCAGACGCAGCAGCCGUGGGGUCAGGCUCAGCAGUCGGCCGGCUCGUCGUCGGCGCUUACGCCCAACGCGACGGGAUAUUCUGUGCCGCAAGCGACGAACGGGGCGUCGUCUCCGCGCCCCGCACAGCAGCAGCAGCCGCAGCAGGCGAAGAAGAACGACGCGUUCGCCGACCUCGUGGACCUGAUGGGCUAGGGCUGAGCUAGGGAUAGAUGCAUGCAUGGCAUAGACUAUGGGAGACUAUGGGAGAUUU